AAGGUCACCGGUGUCCCAGCCAGCUUUGUCCGAUAACGCGGGAUGGAUGGUUGUCUCUGCACGUGUCGCCCACAUCCUUCAGCUCCAGCUACUGUGCCCAUCUGUCACGGGGGAAAAAACUACGAAGACUUGCUCAAAGAAGACAAGUCAGAGCCCAUCCCAUUCAUUGGCAACAAUGUCGAUGAUUUUACCCCCAACGCCCUGGUGAUUGUGAGUUUCCCUGGGGCCUAUGGAAGGGCAUGGAACUUCUUGACCAAGGAAGCGGCCAAGGCUGAGAGUGGGCUGAAUAGCAGCUGCAUCUUUUUGCCCAACAGCUCUGCACCGGGCUAUGGGCAACACAUUCGCACUGGAAGAGAUGGCCAGAUGUGCCAUUGUAUGCAUCUCUACCAUGGGCAGAAGCAAUACUUUGGCUGCGCUUGGUUCUCUCUCUGGCAGAGGAAAACCCUCGAGGCGGUGAAGUGUGGCUGCAAUCUGCUCGUGGUCACCAAGAGAGAUGGUACUCUCGGCAACUCACAGCAAGGGGAGGUGCGCUACUUGCAACAAAACGCCUGGCCAUAUUCUGAAAUGAACAUUCUGGAUUUCCUGAUGUACUUUGCUGCCACUGCCCCCAAGGACCAAAAGGUCUUGGUCUCCAGAAAGCUGCAGGGAAGUGUGAACCGAUGCCGCCGUGCCAAGGCAGAGACCAGCAACAGGGUUCAAAGCCUGAAGCUGGAGCACCAGGCGACAAAGCAAGGUGCCCAGCACAGAGUGUGCGUGGACCCAUGGACCUUGUUCUGGUGGUGAAACCACGGGCUGAAAACGGCCUAAUCCAUCAGAGCGAUGCUCCCAAAA